CAACGGAGUCAACGGUAUCAUCACUGAGAUGGACAAUGUUGGACACCUGGAACUUAGUUGGGGAGCUGGUUACAACGGCGGCCCAAUCGGCUUUGUAUCGUCAGAUAUUAUUUGUGUUCCUUCUGGAAGCACCGUAACGUUUAUUAGAGAUGAUGGAUCGUGCUGCAGCGCGUACAAGAGUGUUGGAGAGGGCAUGGGCUGUGUUGCAACUCACCACAGUGGUUUGUUCGCCUACAGCGAUCACUCACUGCCGCCAAACAUCUUUGUAGUUGGUUUUCCUCAGUUUGAUCUUCGUUGUACAUGCAGUGGAGGAGCUGAAUUGAGCUAUCGUCAUCUCUCAUUUACUUAUGACGGAUGUCGUUUAGUUAGUCUUGGAGGAAUUCCAGACUUCACACUGUGUGUCUGGGACUGUACAACAGGGUCUCAACUGUGUAAGACAGAUUGUCGGGCAUGGCCUAAUGUUUGCAAAGUAUCAAGCAAUCCGUCAAAUUGGUAUCAGCUUGUUUCAACUGGACCAGACUGCAUGGUUAUCUGGGAAGUAGAAAAAUGCAGUGAAACUUAUGUUCUUGUGUCAAGUGAAGUUGGUCUUCCUGAUGAAACAGAACGGGUCAGAAUGAAGGCACGAAAAUCUCAACCUGAAGUGACUAUUCAGGAUCUGCCAGGAGAAGAGCCAUACUACCCAUUUGGCCUUGGUGAUGUUUUGUCAGAGUUUGGUUUUUACAAUGACCUGGAAACUUGCCAUCCAGUCGUUAUCAGUGACCACUGUUGGGGGGAUAAUAAUUCUGUGUACUGCUGCUGUAAUGGUGGUCAAGUUAUGAAGGUGGACGUUGAAAGGAUGAUAGUUGUGCUACUCGUCAACCCUGAGCUAUCCAGGAGGCAUCAUGAAAGAGAUGAUGAUGGUGAUGAUAAUGAGCAACAGGGAGGGAAGAAGGAGAAGGAGGUAGAGGAGGAGAAGGAUAACCCUAAUGAAGAGCAAGGAGAUAUAUCUGAAAAUUGCAUAGCAGUUAACAGGAUUGGUGUAUUUACUGGAGGAAAGGAUGGUGUUAUUCGUCGUAUUUUACUGGAACCUAGAGGAGACAGUGAGGCACUCUGCUGUGUUGGUGGACAGGUUUCUAGUCUACUCUUUUCUCCUAACUUUGACAAAGUUUACUUUGGGUCGUCAGCGGGAAGUCUAAAUUGGCUCCAAGGAUCAGUUGAGGUAGAGAGAGUUCCUUCAACAGUGUUUGAUCAUUCCAGAGGGAAGUUUGUAGGAGUUGAUAUUUUGCUGUCUGGAGACAAGUACUGUGUAACCUGCCGAGAGAAUGGUCUUGUGCAAGUUUGGGGCCUUGAUGCUCCUUCUGUCAUUGGAUUUUGUGACCUCAAUAGGAGUUGCAUUUCACUCAGUUGCAGCUCUUCUAGUCAUUCAUGUGCAGUUGGUACAGCAGAUGGUCACGUAUAUUUCUUGGAUCUUUAUGACAUUGUAAAGCCACGGAUUGUUUGUCGUCUCUGUUUACAUCAUAGUCCUGUGUCUCAUAUACGGUUUGAUUUGAGUGGGUCGUUUCUUGUGACUGGAUCAGAUGAUGGUAACGUUUUUGUGUGUUCUGCCUUGCCAUCUAGCAAGUUUAAAGUGAUAGGAUAUACACGUGUUUCUGGUCCUGUUCAGUGCUUGUCUCUUUAUACACAACGCACUGAUUCAUCUACCAAAGUUGGUGCUGUUGUAGUAGUCAAUGAGCUAUCCAAUUCAAUGACAUCAUGUAGCAAGAUAGUAACAUUUGAACUAACGUCUGAAUGUUUAACAUCAGGAUUACAAAUUGAGGGUUUUUCAGACAAUGCUGGUCGUUUUACUGAUGAAGCAAUUCAAUGGCAUUCGUUUGAUGUUAACAUCUCUCCAAACAGCAUUGUUGCGGCAUUUUCUGUUGAUUCAAGUGACAUUGAGCUAUUUGCUUUGACAAACCAAUCAAAGCAGCUGUGUAAGCUGAAAGUUCCUGCAGUAAGUCAGGAAUCAACUGUCGUGAAUGUGGUCAGUCAGCAUCCUUCUCAUCUUCUUCCUGGUGGAGUCUUGACUUUGUCACAGCAUGGCAAAUGGCUUCUUAGCUGUAGCUCCGAUGGUCGCAUUGCUGCUCGACUCACGGCAUCUUUGGAUCGUGCUGUUUUGAUUCAAGCUCACAAUUUUACUGAUGGUGGUGUGUAUACUUUAUGUCUUACUGGUGAUGCCCAGAAAGUAGUCACUGUUGGCAAAGAUGGUUCUCUUGCUUGUUGGAAUUGGAGUUUCUCUUCCCAAGGAAGUCAGAAAAGUGGAAAAGCUGUUGAAGCAUUUAGAAAGCGUGAAAUGGCAUUGCUGAAGAGAAGGGCUGAUGAGGAUGAAAUGCUGAAAUCUAUGCCAACAAUCGACAUGACAGACAAGGGUAGUGGAAAAACUUGGCUGGAUGAAAUGGAAUUAAUGGCACAUCAAGCUGAAGAUGAAAAAUACAUGGAAAUUAAGGAAGAAAUUAGACAAGAGAUUGAAAGCCUUCGAAAAUCAGUUAUGAGCUUGAUUCAUAACAAUGCUGAUGUCCCAGAUAUUGAAAAACUGGAACGCCAGGACUUCAACUUGGACACAGAAGAACAACAGCUGCUAACUGCAGAGAGCGAUGAACAAGUGAACAAGGUGCGAGAAGUAAUUGAACUCUCAAAUAUUGCAAAGCUGUACUUAAAAGAGAAGAUCAAGCAAGAGUGUUGGGACUCUAUGGAAGUGCAAGGAAAAGUCAUCAUGGGAUUUGAUACAACUAUUGAAGUGAGGAAUUAUCCAAUUCGUAAAAGAGGAGAUGAAGAAAUAAAGGAGCUAGCAUAUGCAACUUUGGAGAGGAGAAUUGAACUUGCGGAGUUAGAGGCACAAAAAGAAGUUUGUCAAGUGACUCCUCUUGUCACUCCUGGAAUUGAUGAGGAUGAAGAUGAAGGACUUACUGAGCCAAAAGAAAAAGAAGAGUCAGAUGGUCUUUCACUAUAUGGAAGUCGCGGUACUCAAUUUGGAGGAGAAAAUGAGCUUGUGUACAGUCAGUUUGAGCUUGUCACUGUUGAGCGUCGAAGGAAGCAAAUCGUCUUGUUGAAGGAUUGCAUUCAUAAAAUCAAACUCAAUUUCAACAAGGAGUUUGAUGAAUUACUUCAGCAGAAGGAAUCGGAAGUAGCACGUAUUCAUGAAAAGAACAUCCGAAUUAGGAAAAUUCUUACUAAUUUAGAACUUGGUGACAAAGUGUUCAGUCCAAAAUUGUCAGCAAAUGAGCAUCCUGAAUGGGACUUGGAAGUUUCUAAUGAUGAAGUAACAGUAAAGAAAUAUAUUUCAGAGGAGGAGAAGAAACGGUUGGAUGAGGAGGCAAGACUUGCUGAAGAGAGAAGAAUAGCAGAAAUGGGUGAUAAUGCCAGAGAACGAGCUCUUGACAUGAUGAUGGGAGGGCGACUAGAAGUCAAAACAGAAGAUGACAUUUUCAAGGAUUUGCCAAAGCCUGAAUUUAUGCUGCUGAAGUCUCCUGAAAGCCUCAAUGAGGAAGAGAUGAAGCAAGCUCGAGAGUACGAAAAGAAGCAAGCCGCAUUGCUGGAAGAGCGAGAAAAGCAUCGAUUGGCAUUAGAGGCUGAAUUAAAGAAACUGCAAAGUUCCAUUACAGAAGCAUGUUCAGCAUUUGAUGCAAAAGUAAUGCGGCUUCAUCGGCUUCGUAUACAUACUGAAACUGUUGUUUAUGAGGAAGAACUAAAGAUUCUCCGCAUGGCAUGGUCUCUUCUCAUUCAAGAAGAAUUGUCAAGUAUGGAGAGUGUUCUGCAAGAGAGACUGGAAUGUAACAAAAAUAAGAAGGUUCAGUGUGCAUCUCAGUUGGCUGAGUAUAAGAAAAAUUUGGAGAAUUUCAAGGAGAAUUAUGAAAAUCUUGUUUUAGAAGACAAGGCCAUGGACAGGUCUUUUAAGAAGGAUUUUUCAGACUGUGAGCCAAAUGUAGAAGUUCUAUACAAGUUAUUCAAGAAAAGACCAAGGGUUCAGCAACUGAAACAAAGUACUGAUGCUGUUGCACCUGAAUCCUCUGAUCUAAAUCCGUUUGUUGUUCGACUUCCUCAAGCUCAAGGUGGACAGAAAUUUAUGGAGGCUUUAGAUUUGUUGGACAGUAUAUCGCAUAUGCCAGCUGCAGAAGGGAUUGAUUCUGUGGUGUGGCAGCGAUUGGUGACAGCAAGGAGAGCUAAGAUUCAGAGCGAACAACAAGUGAAAGCUGUUGCUCUGGAGUUGGCUGAGAUGAAUGCAUUUAUACAGAGAAGAACAUCUGAAGAUUCAGAAAUACAGCAAAAGAUUGAAAGCACUUUCAGAGAGCUAAACAAGUUACGCGAAGAGCGAACUCGUACGGGAAUCAAUCCCGACGUUCAGUUACUGCUAAAGCAAGGCCAAGUCGAGGUUGAUCCGGGCAACUUUAUUCCUGAUUUCAGAGACAGCGUUCUCAUUCACCGAUCAGUCAUCGAGGAUCUUAACGCGACAAUUAAAACGUUGGGCGAAGCUAAAAUUGGUGCCAUGAACGACAGUAAGGAUUUUCGGAAGAACAUCGCGUCUCUAGAAUGGGAACACCAGAAACUCAACAUGGAGAUGGAGGAUUUACGAGAAAAAUCCAAAGAAAUUCAGCUCCUCAAAGUUACAAAAGAUCUGCAGAUGGCUCUGAUUGAUGAAGACAGAGCCCGCAAUCAGCAGAAAGAGAUCACUACUCUUGAAGAAACGUUGGCAAUCACAAUGGAGGCUCAUGAUCGGCGUCGUCAAGACCACAAGCGACGUGUGGCCAAGUUACGACGUUUGAUUCGUCAAAAAGCUGAAGAUAAUAAAGAGUUGGACGCUGAAGUGGAGGAACUGACGGUGAAUGUAGCUGAACGACAUAACGUUGAAGAAGCUCAAGCUCAGUAUCCAAGCGACGAUACGUCGGAGAAGCGCAUGCGCGAUAUACGGGCACGUCGCAGAUUGGUUGAUCUCGCCAAAACACAAGCUCAGGAGGUCGCCGUGUUGCGCGCAGAAAUAGAGCGUCUACGGAUGAGGACGUUUCCGGCGUUGGUGAAAAUGGAUAGGCUGUAAAAGGUUGCACCAGAUCUGUUGAACAUAUUAUUAGUAUACACUUUACGUGUUCUUAUAACGUGAUGGUGCGGUGUCCAUCUGUAUCUACGAACUAUAUGAUAGAAACUGUUUAGCGUUAAUUUUGUUGCGGUGAUGCAAGAUAAACAUGGCGUUAUAUCUUAUGUUA